AACAAGUUGGUUGAAUGAAAGGGAAAGAAGAUUAUGAUUUAGAAACGAAGAGCAACCAACCCUAAUGGAUGAGGAUUCCAUGCCACCUCACAAAUUCAUUUUUUUUUUCUAUUAUUAUUAUUAUUAUUAUUGAAUUCCAACAGACACGGAUAUUAAAUAACAAUAAAACGUGACGUUAUUGGUGUGGAUAAAAUUGAAGUUGUGACAGACAUUGUUGGUUGUUUGAAUGAUGUGAUUAUUGGAAUUGAAGGUUUGCGAGCAUGGAAAGGGUGUUGUCAGUGGAUGAAAUAUCGGAGCAAUAUUGGGUGGCGGCGAAGAAGGAAUCAUGCAAGUCAAAGUCAAAGAUGAACCGUAGUGAAUCGGAGUGGGCAUUUCAGCAGUUCCUGCAGGAAGCAGCUUCUCCAUCUUCAUCUUCUUCCUCCGAUGUUAAACCCGAAAAGGAUCCCGACAUCAACAUGAACAUAACACUAAAUGUCGAUUCCCACGAUUACCAAACUAUUCUUAAAACCAAGCUUAACCUCGCUUGUGCUGCUGUCGCUUUGACCCGGGGAUCUCUGGUCAAAUCUCAAAAUCCGACCACUUUCCCUGACAGUGGAUCUGUUCCUUCUGAAGUUGGAGCCUUAAAAGAUGUGAAAGGAGCAACUGGGAUUUGUUUCUCACCUUUCCUGCAGAAGAAAGGCGUUGUUGCAGUGAGGCCAACAAUGAGUGGAUCUUCAAGAGAGCAAUCAGAGGAUGAGGAAGCAGAGGAAGAGAUUAACAUGACUGGAAACAUGAAUCCAACUGAUGCAAAACGAGUAAGGAGGAUGCUUUCUAAUAGGGAGUCUGCUAGACGCUCAAGAAGAAGAAAGCAGGCUCAUUUAACUGAGCUGGAGACACAGGUAUCCCAAUUAAGAGGUGAAAAUUCUUCUUUGUUAAAGCGCUUAACUGAUGUGAGCCAGAGAUACAAUAGUGCUUCAAUUGACAACAGAGUAUUGAAAGCUGAUGUUGAAACGUUAAGAGCCAAGGUGAAGAUGGCUGAAGAGACGGUGAAAAGAAUUUCUGGGUUGAACCCAAUGUUUCAUGCCAUGACUGAGAUGUCAUCAAUGGAGAUACCAUUGUUUGAUGAAAGUCCUUCUGAUACAUCCGCUGGUGCUGCUGUUCCUGUGCAAGAAGAUCCAAAUCAUCAACUUUGUCAAGCCACUGGGGGAGCAAAUUCCCUGCAUAGAGUUGCUAGCUUGGAACAUCUUCAGAAGCGGAUUCGUGGUGAUGAAGAUUCACGACAAGAACAAUAACAUAGUAGCCAAAUUACAUUAUGGUUUCAUGAGGAAACUGUUCUAGACUCUUGUUUCUGCUAGUUGUUGUAAGUAACAGUAAAUUCUUGUAAAUCAUGUGAAUGAUUCUUAUUUUCAUUUUUCUUUUUAUGUGGAACCUUCAAAUCUUAAUACAUGGCUAAUGUGUAACACAUAUUAGUUAGAUACACAUGACCGUGACAAGAGAGUGUCAAGUGUUUGGUAGAGUUUGCCUUAUCCAAA